AUGCAUCAAAAACGUUUGUUAAGCCCAGCAUUUCAUUGGGGCUACUUGAAAGGUCUGGUUCCACAAUUUAACUCUGUAGCCAGUUCCUUGGUCACCAAAUUAAUGGACAUUGCUGAUGGAAAGACUGUUGUUGACAUGGCUGAUGAACUUCAAAAAGCUACUUUAGAUGUCAUCGGAAAGGUCUGUAAAAUGUUUGGAUUUAUAUUAAUUAUCAUUUUAUUGACAUUUGUGUUGUACCAGGAAAUAUUCAUACUCUUCUUGUGGAAGGCUUCAUUGUUGGUUUGAUUCCCCCACCAACCCCAAUGGAAGUUCCAGUUUAGCUUCACACUUGAUCAUUUAAAGCUUAUAUUCACUUUGGCUGAAAAAUGCCCCCUUUUGGGAUAUGACCAUUUUUAACCUCUUGCCUACCAAGUCCUGUGUGAGGUCACUCAGACAAAUGAAAUCACCAAUAGCCCAGUCAUGCGAGUUGUCUUGAAUAAAUGAACUCUGGUCAUUGAGAAAUGGCUGCCAGUUGCUGGACAUAUUUGGCUUUGGUAGGCAAGGGGUUAAAGAGAGAGGAAGGAAACCUAGGUACUUUCCAUCAAAUGUACAUAUUUUAGGAAAGAGGAAAGUCUCAUAUUCAUUUUAAAACUUAAUAUUAAUACAUUAAGGGUUCACCGUAUUAAAUAUAUUAAUACAUGUAGUUUGUACAGUGGGCAAAUUAAUCAUUCUGGACUUAAUGGCCAAUGAACAGCCACUGUUAUGUACAGUAUUCAAGCAAUCAUCCACUGAGUGCGACUGUUUUUUCUGAUUUCCUGGUUGAUUUAACAUUUUGUUUAGUAUCUCAUGUUAAGCAUAUUUGUGUCAAAUUAUUCAUUUUUUACUUGAUUUUCAAGGUUGCACUUGAUAUGGAGCUGAAAUGCUUAGGAGAUAACAACAGUGUUGUUCCCAACUGCCUGUUUAAAUGCCCGGAGGGUUAUGAAGAAAGCUGCAUUGAUCCAUUGCUGUAUCUUCCAUGA